AUGACACCUCCGAAGAGGUGGAACUUCCUGAAGCCGGAUCACUUUGGACCCCAGUGGGAUGAGAAGGAAAGGCCGGCAUCGUGCACGUCGGAUUUGACGAGCUAUUCUGGAAUGGUGAUCCCUGCGUUGUUGUGGUAUGCACAUUAUGAGCUUCGCACCUCUAAGACGCAGCAACUUCAGGUGCCGGACCUGAAAUUCGAUUCCCUCAUGCCCUUGUGGGGCGUGCUGCAAAAGGCCAUGGCUGCCGGUCGCACCUCCAUGUCCCUGGCCUUUGCCAUGCAUGCCCUGAUGAUUUCGACUGUGAAGGUAAACGGGGAGCAGCGUUGCGCGCGCAUUGCAGUGACUUGCCGGGCCAACUUCUCGAAGUUCGUGUCUCAGCUCGAGCGCGAUCACGAAUUCUACGACCACCCCUCUGCAGCACACAACUUAACGAUUGGGAAGCUGUGGGUGGAUGAAGCUGAGAAGCGCAUGCGAGCUACACCGCCUGGUGGAGAGCAGGAUGAUCUUCUGAAACAGAUUGGAUGCUUGCAGCGUGAUUACGCUUUGCUUCUGAACCCAUGGGUGGCAGGACAGCAGCAGCUCGUCGCUCUCGUAGCUGUUGCCAUCGGCAUCGGUAGCUCCGUUGUGGACAGUCGCGGUCAAAUAAGAUUCGUGCUGCACCUCUACAAUGCGCUGCGUUGUGCGGAGGUGGUGCAGUCGUUGCCGAUGUUGGACUGGCUUCUCGAGAUCUUUCGAAGUUCCAAGGCCAUUUGGCAUGCUGGGCGCCCAACAGAGGACUUCCUGCAACAUUGGUACCUCUCUCUGGGCAUGGCGGUGUCUUCAGAAACUUACAUCCCUGCUAGAUGCACUUUCACUUGGUUAUAA